GACUUUUGCAUUGUCACUUUACGUUGGUAGUAUAAGUCACUAGCGUUCGUUUGACUGCCGAAUGGUCAACGAAAAUGGCGUUGUGUUGUGCCCUGUCAAACGAGGUGCCAGAACAUCCCGUCGUUUCCCCUUCUUCGGGGGCGAUUUUCGAGAAGCGGAUGAUCGAAAAGUACAUCCAAGAACACGGAAAGGACCCCAUCAGCGGUGAAGAACUUUCAGUCGAGAAACUAAUCGAAAUAAAAACACCACCAAUCGUCAAGCCCAAACCCCCCAGUGCGACAAGUAUUCCAGCCACUCUAAAACUGCUCCAAGAUGAAUGGGACGCCGUCAUGUUGUACAGUUUCACUCAGCGACAGCAGCUGCAGACAGCUCGACAAGAACUCAGCCACGCUCUAUACCAACAUGACGCCGCUUGCCGAGUUAUCGCUCGUCUUAAUAAAGAAGUGACGGCCGCGAGAGAAGCGCUAGCCACUUUGAAACCUCAAGCUGGUAUCACGACCGUGCCGCAACCGGCGGUGGCUGCGGAAGCCGGCGGCGUUGCCAACCAACCGACAGAACAAGAUGGAUUGACAGAAGAAGUGAUACAAAUAUUGAAGGAAAAGGCUACAGUGUUGACACAAGAAAGGAAACUGACACAGGAGAGGAAGAAGAGAGGAGAGACGGUUCCAGAAGAGCUGACUGUGCAGGAGCAGAUACAAGCAUUCAAGACAUUAGCAUCACAUCCAGGUUUGCAUUCCGCCAGUGUGCCCGGAAUUCUCGCCCUCGACGUCCACAAGUCCGACACCAGCAAGAUUCUCACGGGCGGCAAUGACCGAAACGCUACCGUCUUCAAUAAAGACACUGAACAAGUUGUCGCCAUUCUUAAAGGCCAUACAAAGAAAGUUACUAAGGUUAUUUAUCAUCCUGACGAAGAUCUUGUUAUCACCGCCUCACCCGAUUCUACAAUUCGCGUAUGGAAUGUUCCGACGUCCCAAACUACUCUACUUUUACGUGCUCACGAAGGUCCUAUUACCGGAUUGUCACUCCAUCCGACCGGAGAUUAUGUUCUAUCGACUUCAGAGGAUCACCAUUGGGCGUUCUCGGAUAUCCGAUCGGGUCGACUGUUGACGAAAGUUGCCGAUCAGACGGGUGUACCACUGACGACUGCCCAGUUGCAUCCCGACGGGCUGAUUUUCGGGACCGGGACUGCGAAUUCGCACGUGAAAAUCUGGGAUUUGGAGGAGCAGAGGGACGUUGCGAACUUCACGGGACACUCGGGGGCUAUUACGUCGAUUUCGUUUUCAGAAAAUGGGUACUACUUGGCAACUGCGGCGGACGACGCGUGCGUGAAGUUGUGGGAUUUGAGGAAGCUGAGGAACUUUAAGACGUUGCAGUUGGAUGAGGAUUAUCAGAUUAAGGAUUUGUGCUUUGAUCAGAGCGGGACGUACCUCGCCGUGGCGGGAACGGACGUACGAGUUUAUCUUUGUUAUCAAUGGGAUGAACUGAGGGUGUUCAUGGACCACACGGCCACCGCGACAGGGGUCAGAUUUGGCAAACACGCACGAUUCAUAGCGUCCACUUCCAUGGAUAGAACUUUGAAAUUGUAUGGAUUAGAAUAAAAUACAAGUAAAACGCGUAAAAAGUAAUUAUGUUGUCUUGCAAUGUUUAUUAGAAAUACAGUAAACUUAUGUUAAUAAUAAUUUUAAUUUUACUUUAAUAAAGUGGUUAAAUCCC